CGGACACCCCUGUGCAGGUAUCCCAUACACACGGCCACAUUUGUCAGAAAAUCGCUCGCCGUCGCCUGCCUGCGUAUCGUCGCAGCCCGCUUCCAAUCAACGCCCCACAUAAGGGUCGUCGGCAAGACCCUUCCCAAAGCAUGCAUGUAACCGCUCCUACAUCGUUCCGUAUGACCGAUCGAAAGGAUUCCACCGCCAUGGCUGCCUUGAUAUCUCCAGAGCCGGGCGCGCCGCCAUACUUGCCGUAUCCAAUACCGACAGAGUUCGCCAAGCUCAACGUCGCAAAAGAGGGUGACAUGUCGACUCACGCUGCAUCGGGCUCAUCAGCAAAGAUACGCGGCACAAGUCCCGGCAGACAAUUUGCGACGCCAGCCAUCAACCCCAUCAGAACAGCCAAGCUCGGAGCAUCGGUACCUCCGGCAGCAGACGAGCCCCAGUCUGCGUCGACUCGGUCAUCCUACUCGUCACGGGCAUCCGGCGGGUCCUUCCCCUACAUCGUCAGGACCCCAUCGCCACCCGUCCCCGCUCCGCCGAAUCGCAACAGCGGAUCAGACCAGCCGGAGCGUCUUCCUCAGAUCGAAACGCAUCCUCCACACCAUAGUCAACAGCAAUACCAUCAAUCACAUCUGCAUCAAUCAUCACCAUACCCACCAUCGCUCUCCACCAGAUCGCCAGUACCAAGGCCAGAGGAACCGCAGCCCAUAUCCCCCGCACACCUGCAGACCCAAGCAUCGCUCCAUGCGAUCGAUCCGUUGCCUUCUACGGCGACGCAACCAUUGCCGGGACUGUCUGAGCUGCGAUACGGCCCGGAGCCGUUGCCGAUGACAUGGGAUCGAGUCCGGCUGCCGGAGAUUCGGCCAACGGUCGGCGCGCAUUCGCCUCUUCCAUCCCUCGUCAACGCUACUGAAUCGUACUUUCCGGCAUCGCACUCGCACUUAUCGUCGUCGUCGUCGUCGUCCCAAGCACGUCAACAUGUGGUAGAGUCGAUGAAGAUUCCAGGAGACGGUCAUGAUAACAGUCACCAGCAGCGGAUGCUUGGCCCACCAGAGAUUGCCUUGACCGCAACGCCCGGCGCCCCAUCCGGAAAGUCGCCCAUAGGACACAUCACCACCAGCGAAGACGACCACCAGCAACUUCGGCCAUCCGACAUAUACGACAGGCGGCAGUCGGUCGACUCGAACCGUCGGCGAAGCCUGAGCAGUCAUUUCACGUAUGACGAUGACUCUGAUGUGACCGAUGAGCCGAGCGACUCGAGGACGUCGCCUCGGCUGUCUGGCAUGAUACUGAACUCGUCGACAGGUGAGGCGAAGCGAUCAGCGUCACCUACGCCUAUGAAUGACGCUGAGCCGGGGACGAAGCAGGAGAAGCUGGCGCAUAAGCGGAGGAUGAAUGCUGAGGCCGCACGUCGCUGCCGAGAACGCAAAGCUCAACGCAUCCAACAUCUCGAGGGCCAAGUUCGCAAGCUCGAACAAUCCAAUGGCGAGCUCGUCCUCCGCAUGGCGAUGCUCGAGAACGAGCGACGAGCCUGGCACGCUCGCGAGAGCGCUUUACAACAGCAGUGCGUCGCUCUUCAAAGCCGCUGCGACGCUAUGGAGCUCCAGCACGGUCGUGGCGAAGCUGGUCGCAUCGGCAUAUUGAGGCCUGCUGCAUCCGCUCAACAGCAUGCCGCGCAUAUCCUCAGCAAAGUGCCGGAGCGGACCACAUCGGUGUCGCCGGCUGCUGAAGGUGAUGGGAUGCCCGUAUUCUCUCAAGGCCACAAGCGAGUCGCACCGCACGUGAAUGAGAUCGUUGAGAAGCAGGCCGAUAUCCACCGGGAGGCGGGUAUCCCUGUGAAGCGCCGCCGCAUGGGCUCAGUUGAAUGAGAUUCGCGAAAUAGGAAGGCCGAUCUAGCCGCGGAUUAUAUAGUUUCUCCCCCUUUGAAUUGUCUUGUUCUCAAGCUCCUGGGCAAGGAUGAAGCGGAAAACCAUAAUGUAAAUGAAAAU